AUGGAAAUUAAGAAAGCAGCAGCAGCAGCAGCAGCAGCAGCAGCAGUAGCAGCAGGAGCAGUAGCAGCAGCAGCAGUAGCAGUAGAAGUAGCAGCAGUAGCAGCAGCAGCAGCAGUAGCAGCAGUAGCAGCAGCAGCAGUAGCAGUAGCAGCAGCAGUUGCAGCAGCAGCAGUAGCAGUAGCAGCAGCAGUAGCAGUAGCAGCAGCAGCAGGAGCAGCAGUAGCAGCAGCAGCAGGAGUAGCAGUAGCAGCAGCACUAGCAGCAGCAGCAGCAUCAGCAGUUACAUUGGAGCCAAAGUAG